GCUUCAUCUCUCCCUCCAAGCCUAAAUCAAUCAGCAACAGCUAGCUCCCACAAUGGCAGCCACCGCAGCCACAAUGGCGCUCUCAUCCCCUUCCCUCGCCGGCAAGGCCGUCAAAGCCUCCCCAUCCGCCGCUCCCAUUUUCGGCGAGGGCCGCAUCACCAUGCAGGAUAAGACGACAUCGAGCAGGCCCCGCACUACAGCUGGGAAGCUCCGCCCCUCAUCUAGCAGCCCGUGGUACGGCCCAGACCGCGUCAAGUACUUGGGCCCAUUCUCUGGCGAGCCACCUUCCUACCUAACCGGCGAGUUCCCCGGCGAUUACGGCUGGGACACUGCCGGCUUGUCGGCUGACCCGGAGACCUUCGCUAAGAACCGGGAGCUGGAGGUAAUCCACUCACGGUGGGCCAUGCUGGGCGCACUGGGCUGCGUGUUCCCGGAGCUCUUGGCUCGCAACGGCGUCAAGUUCGGCGAGGCGGUGUGGUUCAAGGCCGGGUCCCAGAUCUUCAGCGAGGGUGGGCUCGAUUAUUUGGGCAACCCGAACUUGAUCCACGCUCAGAGCAUCCUGGCUAUAUGGGCUGUUCAGGUUGUCCUCAUGGGCGCUGUUGAGGGGUAUCGCAUUGCGGGCGGGCCUCUGGGCGAGAUAACUGACCCGCUAUACCCUGGCAAUAGCUUUGACCCGCUGGGUUUGGCUGAUGAUCCAGAAGCCUUUGCUGAGCUGAAGGUGAAGGAGCUUAAGAACGGAAGGCUGGCAAUGUUCUCUAUGUUUGGUUUUUUCGUGCAGGCCAUUGUCACCGGCAAGGGACCUCUGGAAAACCUGGCAGACCACCUCGCUGACCCGGUGAACAAUAAUGCUUGGGCCUAUGCCACCAACUUCGUUCCUGGAAAGUGAGGAUUUUUAUUUCAGAUUUGAUUGGUUCUCGUCAAUGUAAACCUGAUGGUCUGAUUUAUGUCGUCAAUGUUGAUCAUUAUCAUCAAUCUAUCUUGUGCAUUAAUGAACUGGUUCUUUUUGUUUGUUAUGUUA